AUGUGCACACUUGAAGCCCUCUUCUUCUCAAAGGACUGCCAUCCACUUUUGGGUUCAAUUAACAUGGCCUUUCUCCUUGUUUAUAUCACUCUCCUCUCUCUUUCUCUCCUCUCAGCUGCAGGAGUAGUGUAUUCAGCAAAACUCACAAUCAUAAACAAGUGCAACUACACAGUAUGGCCAGCCAUUAGAUCCAACCACGCCAAUAGUACCCACCUCCCCACCACCGGCUUCACUCUCUAUUCCAACAACUCCAAAACUCUUGCCGUAAAUCACUCCUGGUCAGGCGCCUUGUGGGGUCGCACCGGUUGCGCCAAGGACUCCACCGGCGCGUUCUGGUGCCUCACAGGUGGCUGCGGCUCGUCCACCGUAGAAUGCCCGGAUGGCUAUCCCGCUUCACCAGCCACAGCAGCUAAGUUCGAUCUAAAGAACCAUGAAGACAACCUCGACUUCCUUGUUCAAGCCUCCCCCGGGCAGUCUGAUAACCUCCCUAUGACGGUUGUACCGCUGGGUGGAAUCGGAGGGAGCUGUAACGAGUCGGGUUGCUCCAUGGACUUUAGCAGCGCAUGUCCUACGGCUACAGAUGUGAGCGCGUCCUGUAAGAACGCCACGUGUGAGAUGAGAGAGUACAAGAACUACUGUUGCAUUGCGGCCCCCAAGAGUGUGGAUCCGUGCAAGCCCAGCUUGUACAUGGAUUUCCUUAACCAUAACUGCCCAGUGGCUGAGGCUUUCGGCUACGAUGAAGGCACCGGGACGUAUACCUGUUCAUAUCCCAAUUAUGGCGUCAUCUCUAAUUACUGCCGACAACCAUGCACAACGACGCCGACCGAUUACCUCAUCACUUUUUGCCCUCCGCCUUACCAUGCAAGAGCAUCUCCAGCAAAUGUUGUUAUUCAUGAUAUGAAGCUAAUAUCUUACCUGCAAUCGGUUCGAAAUUUCCAUAUUAUUGUGUAA